AUGUCUGUUCAAUGCGAUUAUAAUGGCCAAACAGUUUUCUUCGUGAAAGGAGCACUCGAUCGUGUUAUGCAACUUUGCGACUCGUAUUUAUCAGCUGACGGAAUGAGAAAGCCUCUUGAUGAUUAUGUUCGUCAAAGGAUAUCAGAUGGAGCACGAGGGCUGGGAGCGACAGGUCUCAGAGUAAUUGCUAUGGCUCGUGGCGACUCUAUGCAGUCAUUAAUGUUAGUGGGAAUGGUAGGUAUGCUGGAUCCACCCCGGGCUGGUGCAGCCGACGCCAUUUCCAUGAUUCGAGCAAGUGGUGUUGAUGUGAAGCUGAUCACUGGAGAUGCACAGGAGACUGCACAGAGCAUAGCAGCGAUGUUGGGAUUAUACUGUUCCCCGCAAGAUAGCUGUCUUUCCGGAGCACAGGUCGAUGGUAUGACUGAACAGGAGCUGGAGCUGGUUAUUAGGCAGGUGUCAGUGUUCUACCGAGCAUCACCGAGGCAUAAAUUGAAAAUUGUAAAGGCUCUGCAAGGAAUAGGGGAAGUGGUGGCGAUGACCGGUGACGGAGUCAACGAUGCUGUCGCGUUGAAGAAGGCCGACAUAGGAGUGGCAAUGGGACUAGGAGGCACAGAUGUUUGCAAAGAAGCGGCUGAUAUGAUUCUAUGCGAUGAUGAUUUCUCUACCAUGACGGCAGCAAUUGAGGAAGGCAAAGCCAUCUACCAUAACAUCACCAAUUUCGUCCGCUUUCAACUCAGCACGAGCGUAGCCGCAUUGUCCCUGAUCGCUGCUUCGACCAUGUUCCACUUCGAGAAUCCGUUGAAUGCGAUGCAAAUCCUCUGGAUAAAUAUCAUUAUGGAUGGGCCACCAGCGCAGAGUUUGGGUGUGGAGCCGGUAGAUGAUGACAUAAUUCGACAACCCCCUCGAAACGUUCGCCAACCGAUGCUCAGCUUACGACUGAUGAUCGACAUACUUUGUUCCGCAGGGAUCAUAGUGCUGGGACACUUUCAUCUUCUACAGAGAGAUGUCUGCCGAUAA